AUGGCCGCGGCCGGGCCCCGCGUGUCCCCUGCGAGCGGGGCUCACCUGGCGGCGGGGAGCGCCGGGGCGGCCGACAGGAUUGGGCCGGGGCGAGCGGGGCGGCCACCUGUCCCCGGCAUCCCCCCAGGGGGAGGCGCAGGGCGGGGGGCCCGACACCCCGCGGGACGGGCGGACCGACAGACCGACAGCCGCGCGUGGGUGCGGAGGCGGGGACUCUGCGAAGGGAAGGAGCCGCCGCCGCCAGGACCGGAGACGCACGGAGCGGCCGCUGCCUGGCCGCACCCCCCACCGGCCUGGAGCAACCCCAGCCGGGCUCCCAGCCGCAGGAAGCCCCUCCCCGGCCCUGGGGAAUUCCUGGAAGGUGGGAGAGCCAAGAAGGCCCGUCACCACUGGGUCAUCCUGGAGGCCUGCCUGCAGGAGGGGGCUAGGUCCGAGGCGGGAAGGGGGCAGAGGCUCCCAGGCUGGAGGCGCCUGGAGCCAGCGACGUCAUCCGAGGGGUUUGAGCUGGGCCCUGGGCAGUGGGGAUCUGAAACCGGAGGAACCCAGAGGGAGGUGCCAGGGUGGGCCAGUGGGCGGGUGGACGGCUGCAGGGCGAUUGUGUUCACACCGGGGCUGGCAGGGCCCCCCAGCCCCUCAGGGCUUCCUGUGCCGGGGAGGGUGGGGGUGGUCCUGGCUCGCCUCCAGAGGGCCCCCAGACCGCCUGGAGAAGCAGGGUGGGCGCACCAGCCCUCGGAGCCUGCCCCCGCUGCCGCUCACCUGCCCUCCUGCUUGUCUUUUUCCAGCCUUGGGCUGCUCGUGCUGCUGCUGGCCGGCCUGCUCGCCGAAAUCCUUCAAGAAACAGAAGUCCGAGGAAUAGUGGGCAGCCACGUGGAGCUCCCCUGCGUUUACCCUGAAGGAAACAGUUUUGAUUUGAACGACCUUUAUGUUUAUUGGCAAAUUGGCAAGACCGUGGUGACCUACUCUAUCUCCGGAGAGAGCUCCCAGGCCCUGGAGGCUGAGUCCUACAGGGGCCGCACGCAGCUGUCCCUGGACAGCAUGAAGCAGGGGAACUUCUCGCUGCGCCUGUACAACGUCACCCCCCACGACGAGCAGAAGUUCAGCUGCCUUGUGUUUAGAAAGUCCUUGGAGUUGAGGAAGGUUCUGGAUGUCACCGUCAUGCUGCACGUGGCAGCAAACUACAGCAUGCCAGUCGUCAGCGCCUCCAGCAGCCCCUCCCCGGACGAGCUCACCUUCAUGUGCACAGCCACCGAUGGCUACCCGAGGCCCAACGUGCACUGGAUCAACGAGACGGACGGCAGCCUGCUGGACGCGGCUCUGCAGAACAGCAGCGUUGUCCGGAACGCGCGUGGCCUGUAUGAUGUGCUCAGCGUCCUGAGGCUCCGGCGGGUCCCCCGCGUCAACGUCCGGUGCUGCAUCGAGAACGUGCUUCUGAGCCAAAACCUGACUGUCAGCAGUGAGACAGAACUUUUCAAUGGAACCAAAGACAGGAUCACGGAGAACCCAGACCGUCCCCACCAGGACAGACACACGGCUGUUUUCAGCAUCACCGCGGUCCUGGCCGUGGCAGCCGUGUUCACAGCCUGGUUUUGCCACAGCCGCUGUCCCCGUGGGUGCCACACAGGUGCCCCGGGAGCCAGGCCGGUGCUAGAACUGACCGAGCACGCUGGACCGGAUGUGCUGCUGGGACCCAGCAGGGCUCCUGAGAGCUGCCACCAGGAAGGCCACCAGACAGCGCUGACCAAUCGGACCUCGGCCACCCGAGCAGCGUCUGUCCUGUGAAAGUGAGCAGAGACUCGGGCAGGCUGGGGCCAAGGGGCAGACAGCUGCCUACCCCCCAGUGAGACCGAGGAGCGUCCCAGCCUGGAGGGGACACAGCUCCCCUGCAGGACCAUGGCCAUGCCCAGCGAGCACGUGACGGGGCUCAACACUGACCUCGUGUGAGGCCCUUUUGGAAGAGGCAGCAGCUCAGCACCAGGGCCCCUGAGGGCUGGGUGCCCCUCCUGUGCUGCCGGACGUGGGGUGAUGGAGAGCCCUUGACUGGCUCCCCCAUGAGCCGUGAGCUCAGGGCCCUGCGUGGCUCAGUGCGAGGCCUCCUCAGGCCUGGGGCGCAAGCCUGCUGGUGGAUGUGGGGUUUCUGAAGCUCAAGAAGGAUAUUUGGGGUUUUUACCCAGAGGGUGAGGCUGCCCCCAGGCUCUUUCCAGGACAACCCCUGUGGAGGUGAAGCUGUGCUGGGGGCAGCACAUGGGGUGUCCACGGGGGCACAGGCCGCAGGACCCCACCACCGCGACACACCUCGAGAGCACACACCCACCUUCUGUGAGCUCACACCCACCUUCCACGGCAAAGGGGCGAGGCCCGUGGUCUGAGUGUGCACGUGUGUCUGUCUGUCCUUGUCCACAAAUGCAGGAAAUGUCUGACAAAUGAAGAAUCCCUCAAAGACGCCUCUGAAGUUCAUUUCCCUCCGGGACAUUACUGAGAAGAAAACCUGGCCCCAUUUGUUUUGAUCAAAAGCCGAGUUUUCUCCUAAAAAGGCCCAAGUGGAAUUUUACAAGAAGAAAGCCCGCUGCCGGGGGAGGGGUGCAGAUUUCAGGCCACUGGCAGCCAGGGUCCUGGGGUCUGAAGGACACGUGUGCCCGAGGAAGAGCUCGGGCGGGUCUGAAACACGCCUGUCCCGUGUUGCCACGGACGGCCACCGUAUUUUCUGUCCGUGGCAUAGAAGGACUUUGGCACAGGCUUUUUAAAGCGGACAUGUGUUUUUCCUGCCAGCAUGGAGUCCAGAACGGGCGGCAAUUCUUGCCGGCGGGUGGAGGUCACCCGACAAUCUCUGCCUCAGUCUCCCUCUGCCUGCUUCCCGCCCCUGGGAAGGACUUUGGGGUGCUUGUGAAGCCCCCACAGGGGUCGUGGCCUGUAGCCCUGCUGCUCCCCUGGGGUGGUCUCCACGGCAUUGCCCAGCAUGAAACCAGCAGUUUGACGUUUUUUGGGUCCUGGAAAGGGACCGCUAAGCCAGCUGUGCACACCCCCAGGAAAAUGGCGUCUGACACGCAGCCGGCCCCUGGGGACAUGGUGUCCACCCAGAGCUGCUGGCUGCGCCUCUGCCUCGCCAGGGCCGGGGGUCCUCUGUCAGCCCCUGUUGUUCAGCACUGACUGUGGUGGGGGGCUUGCCCUCCCCCCCCCAAGACGAGGAGCAAGCAGGGCCCAGGGUCAGAGGUUAAGCUGAGAGUUCUGGUGCUCGCUGCACAAAAUCGCUUGUUUUGGUACUGAAAGUUCUCCCCCGGGCUUUUAACCGAGCAUGAGUGAUCCGCACAGACUUUAACCUGAAAGCAUUAGAAGAUGUGUGUCGUUCCUAAAAGACCAAUAAAAAGAAAAAAGUAAUA